AUGGAUAUGGACCUUUUGCCAGAAAGUGAGGUGCUUCCUCUCAUUAUUGGCCAGCUCAUCGCUUAUGGUUUUUCUGCAGUUGCUCAGACAGUCGCAAACGCGACCGGAGCAACAACGGACAUGAUUCCGAGCAAUCGAUUAGCUGAACUUCUCCAGAUUGGAAAAGAAAGAGACAUGGAUGAUUCAGACUUUGCCGACAAGGAUUCUGAUCGCGAACAGGAUGAUCUGGAUCGCAGUAUACACCACACCGGAUUCGAUACAGAUGCAGUCAAGACAUCACAACCCAAGCCAGCACCAGAAUACACUCAAUUAUACUACACUCAGCAUAAAGGACCUUGCCAAACAGCUAUCUUCAGUGCAGAUGGCCGAUUUGCUGCGACUGGCUCGCAUGACUCUUCUCUUAAACUACUAGAUGUCCACAAGAUGAAGAACAGAAGCGGGGAUGCAAGUGACAAACCCGUUAUCCGUACACUUUAUGACCACACGGCACCUGUUAAUGAUCUUAGCUUCCACCCAAAUGGCCUUGUACUUGCUAGUUGUGCAGAUGAUGAAAGUAUAAAGUUGUUUGACCUAUCUAAAUCAGGUGUCAAACGAGCAUUUCGCUAUCUCCAGGAUGCCCAACCUGUCAACUCUAUCUGCUUUCAUCCUUCAGGUGACUUCUUGUUGGCAGGUACCCGAGAUGCUGCUGUUAGAGUAUAUGAUGUCAAGACACUCCAAUGUUAUUCCAACAACAACACUGCCGAAAUGCAUCGUGGAUCAAUCACCCAGAUUAGAUACUCACACACUGGAAAGAUGUUUGCUUCUUCUUCAGCUGACGGAAGCGUGCGUAUCUGGGAUGGUAUUACCAGCAAAUGUAUUCGGAAUCUAGAAAAUGUCCACACUGGAACGCCUGUAUCUAGUGUACGCCUGACUGCAAACGAGAAAUUUGUUCUUACUGCCGGAUUGGAUUCUACUGUUCGUCUCUGGGAGAUCACAAGUGGCAAGAUGGUUAUGGAAUACACAGGUCAUCAACAACGCACACAAAUGCUACAGCCAUCCUUUACAUACAAUGAAGACUACGUAUUGAUUGGCGACGAAUCAUCCACAGACGUCGUGUGUUAUGAUACUCAAACAGGCGCCCUUCUCUCAAGAAUAAAGGGUCAAAAUAACCUUGUACGAUGUGUGGCUGCUUCUCCCAUUGAUAACGGUGUCCUGACGUGCAGUGAUGACUACCGUGCAAGAUAUUACGAUGUCACAAACUUUGAAUAA